AUGACGUUAAAAGGCUACAAACAGUGGAACUAUGUUCAGGUUGAAACCGACGACGGAUUGACAGGGAUAGGUGAGGCACAUCCUGGGGCGGGAAUCGCUGAAAUUAUCCUGCAAUUCAAGAAAACACUCGUCGGCGCGGAUCCAAGAAAUAUAGAACCCCUCUACCACCGAAUGAUUGGCGCAGCGAGCAACCGAUACGCAAUGGGUUUAUCGGCUAUCGGUGGGAUAGAAACAGCACUGUGGGAUCUACUUGGAAAAAGCCUUGGCGUGCCGGUCUAUCAGUUGCUGGGUGGAAAAUAUCGGGACCGUAUCCGACUCUAUGCCGAUGUCGGGCAUGGGAAAGGGAACACACCUGAAGGAUGGGCACAACGAGCCAGAGAAGGCGUUGCGGAUGGCUACCAAGCGAUCAAGUUUGAUAUCGAUAACUCCGCAAACGAACUCAAGCAGGAUGCGGUCAAUCGGGAACUCAGUACAGCGGAAUUACAGAAAAUGACAUCGUUGGUCGCCGCCGCACGAGAAGCCGCUGGUGACGGAAUCGACAUCAGUAUCGACUGUCAUAGCCUAUUCAGCACCCAUUCAGCGAUGAAACUUGCCGAACGUUUGGAACCGUUCGAUUUAAUGUUUUUGGAAGACCCUGUACCGAAUGAUAACGUCGAAGCGAUGGCGAAGGUUAGUGCCGCCACUUCUAUUCCGAUCUGUACCGGUGAGUUCUUGUUUCGUCGAGACGGUUUCAGAGAACUCAUCCAAACACAAGCCUGUGAUAUGCUACAUGUCGAUGUGUCUGGAACAGGCGGGAUGCUCGAGGCGAAGAAAAUAGCCGAUCUGGCAGAUCUUUAUUACAUCCCAUUUGCUGCGCACAACAUCACAUCGCCAAUCGGCAUGACAGCGACGGCGCAUGUCUGUGCCGCCGUGCGGAAUUUCAUCGUCAUGGAACUCCCAUAUCACGCCGAUCAGGUUGAGUGGCGAUGGGAUCUCGCAAUUUCCAGCGGACCACUCAUGCAAGACAACGCAUUUGUAGUGCCAGAUCAGCCGGGAUUAGGUGUCGAAAUCAACGCGGAAGUCGCAAGGGAACAUCUGAUGCCCGGAUCCGAUCAUUUCGGUACAUCUUAA